GGGGAGGCGCGGUCACAGUCCAACCCCGUCCAUUCACUCCGAUUGGCUGGAGGAUCACCUGCUUCAACGCGGUCGUCCAGUCCCGCUUUCCCUUCCUAUUGGUGCAAAGCCACCGUCAAUCACCUGGUUUACCGCGGGAGAGAGCAUGCGCAGUCCUGAAGUGAGCGGUGUAGGGAGAGAUUCGGUUGGAACAUCAUGGCGGGUGUGAUUACCCUCAGGUUCGCGGAGAAGGGAGGAUGGAGCUGGGAGGGUGGAUUGGGAUGUUUUAUGAACACGUUGAGAACAAUUUAAACAAGGGAAAGUUACUGAACCAGCCACAGUUUCUCGUCAGUGAGGCCCUAGUCGGUGGCCGCCAUCUUUAUAGAAAGUCACCCGGGACAAUGCGCAUGCUCAAUCUUGCCGACCAAUCAGGGAGUUUCUAGCGUUGCUCCCAGCCUUCACCGUGACGUCAGGCCGCAGCCCAGCCCACGUUCUAAUUGGUUGAAGGAGACAGGACGGAAAUGCUGAGAACGUCCCCCUCCACGGUGCAGAACCCAAAGACCAAGAAUAAGCUGCAGAUCACGCGUUUAGAGACCUGAGGCUUCUCCGCAGGAACAGGCUCAUAUUCAUGGUCACCAGCUUGGUUAUAUGUUAAGCAGGACGUAAGUUUAGCUAUCUUGCUAAUCCAAGAGUGGGCUAAAGAAAUGGAUUCAACCAUAUUAGACGUGGAGAAUACUCGGGGUGAAGGAAAGGAUGGACCCAGGACUUUGGAUUUCAGAUCAGGGAUGAUUGUGUUUUGUGGGAUUGGUGACUUACACUUUUGAUGAACCAUACAGAUUCCAUACAAAUUGGAAUUCUUGGUUUUGAAUUGCUGUCCUAUGCUUUUGGUGGACAGUUUUGUGAACAUCUUUCCCGAGGUUUUUUUUAAGAGUUCUCAGUAUCAUGGGUCUUUGAAUGCACCAGGGGAAAUGUUUGUCUGUGCUGACCUGGCUAUAACAUUUCACCCAUCAGUGUGAGCUGUGAAAAGAGCUUUAAACAGUCACAAAACCUCAAAACAAACAUUACGCUAUUCAAAGCAGGAGAAACUCUUCAAGUGUUCUGUUCACAACCUAGAGAAACACAAGGACGCAUGUGCCAUGGAAAAACCAUGGAAAUGUGAGGAAUGUGGUAAAGGAUUUGAUUACCCGUCCCUGCUGGAAAAUCAUCGACGUUAUCACACUGGAGAGAAGCCGUUUAUUUGCUCUGUGUGUGGGAAGGCAUUUACUCAGUCAUCUGGCCUUUGGUCACACCAGCGAGUUCACACUGAGGAAAAGCUGUUCAGCUGCACGUCCUGUGGAAAGAGAUUCAGGCAUUCUUCCGCCCUUAGUGUGCACCAACGCACUCACAAUGGAGAAAAACCAUUCACCUGCUCUGAAUGUGGGAAGGGAUUCACUCAUUUAUCCACUCUGCAGGCACACCAGCGAGUACACACUGGGGAGAAGCCAUUCACCUGCUCAGAAUGUGGGAAGGAUUUCACUCAGUUGUCCACCCUCCAGAUACACCAGCGAAUUCACACUGAGGAGAAGCUGUUCAGCUGCACAUCCUGUGGAAAGAGGUUCAGGCAUUCUUCUGCCCUCACUGUGCAUCAACGCACUCACACUGGAGAGAGGCCGUUCACCUGCUCUGACUGUGGGAAGAAAUUCACUCAGUCCUUUCAUCUUCAGGCACAUCAACGCAUUCAUACAGGGGAGAGACCUUUCUCCUGCUCUGUGUGUGGGAAGGGAUUCAUUGUUUUACCCACUCUGCUGAGACACCAGCGAAUUCACACAGAUGAGAGGCCUUUUAAAUGCCCCGAUUGUGAGAAGGGUUUUAAAAGUUCCCAGGAGCUGACACUCCAUCAACGUAUUCACACCAAUGAGAGGCCGUUCAGGUGCUCUCACUGUGGGGCUGGAUUCAGGAGAUCAUCUGACCUCAUUCUCCACCAACGCAUUCACACUGGGGAGAGGCCAUUCACUUGCUCCGAGUGUGGAAAGGGAUUCACUCGGACAGCCAAUCUUCUGAAACACCAGCGAUUUCACACUGAGGAAAGACCAUUCACCUGCUCAGAGUGUGGGAAAGGAUUUACUCAGUCCUCCACCCUGCUGACACACCAGCAAGUUCACACCACUGAAAGACCUUUCAAAUGUCCAGACUGUGGGAAGUGCUUUAAAAUUUCCGGGGAUCUGAUGCGCCAUCAACGUGUUCAUACUGACGAGAGACCGUUCAGGUGCUCUCACUGUGGGACUGGCUUCAAACAAUCAUCUCAACUCAGUAUGCACCAGAGAAUUCACACUGGAGAGAGGCCAUUCACCUGUUCCGAGUGUGGGAAGGGGUUCACUCGAUCAUCCCAUCUGAUGAUGCACCAGCAGAUUCACACUGGAGAGAGGCCAUUCAUAUGCUCCACGUGUAAAAAGAAAUUCACUCACUUAUCCAACCUGCGGAGACACCAGCGAGUACACACAGGGGAGAAGCCAUUCGCCUGCUCCGAGUGUGGGAAAGGAUUCACUCGGUCAUCUAACCUGCUGGCCCACCAGCGAGUUCAUGAGUAACUUCAAUGAUUGGAUCUUGCUGUUAAUCACAUCCAAGAUGUUCAUAAACUCCAGUCCAGUUAGACAGAAUUGUUAUGGUGUAGAACUCAGCCAUUACAUCUGCAUUAGUUCUCUGAGGUAUUAUGCCGAGUUCGAUUCUCUCACAUUUUUCCUGUAAACUUGCUUGUUAUUUAACCUUAAUUAUCAGCUAAAUACCUCUUCUAUGCCUCUUUGGAACCUGCUUCCACCAUAUUUCCAGACAGUCUAUUCCAAUUCCAGAUCCUGACUACGCUUGUGAAAAAAAUUGUUUGCCUCAUAGUUGCCUGUUUUGCAAAACACUUAAAAGUUGUGCCCUUUGGUUCGCAUUCCUUUUUACAAGCAGGAACAGUUUCUCCCCAUCAAUCGACACGCAGUCAUGAUUUUGAAAACUUGCAACAAAUAUCCUCUUAGUCUCCUUUCCAAAGAAACUGUUCCCAAAGUCAGGAUGGCACAGUGGCUCAGUGGUUAGUACUGUUGUUUCAAAGCACCAGGGACCUUGGUUCAGUUCCACCCUCAGGCAACCGUCUGUGUGGAGUUUGUACAUUCUCCCCGUGUCUGCGUGGGUUUCCUCCCACAGUCCAAAGUUGUGCAGGUUAGAUGGAUUGGCCAUGCUAAUCUCAGGGUUACAUGGGUAGGGGUGGAUCUGGUUGGGACGUUCUUCAGAGGGUCGGUAUGUGCUGAAUGCUUCCACAAUGUGGGAAUUCUGUGAUGCUACUACAAUUUAGCCUCAUAACUGAAGAUUCUCAUCACUGGAAGAAUUCUCAUAAACCUCUUCUGUACUGUCUCCAGCGCAUUCACAUUCUUCUAGUAUCGCAUCCAGAACUAUACACUGUAUUCCAGCUAAGAUCAAACUAGUAUCUAUGCAAGUUCAUCAUACCCUCUGUGUUCUUGUACUGUGUCCCUAUUAAUAAAUCCAGAGAUACUGUAUGUUUUAUUAACUGCUCUCUCCACUUGUCCUGUCACCUUUAAUGACUAAUGCAUACACCCAUACAGAUCUGUCUGGUUGUGCACACCCUGUUGUGUUUUAAACUGUCUCUCCAUGUACUUUCUACCAAAAAGUAUCACCACACUCUUCUCCACACUGAAUUUUAUCUGCCAGCGAUCCGCACAUUCCAGCCACUUAUCAAUUCCUUUGGAAGUUCUACACUGUCCUCCUCACAGUUUACACUGAUUCAAAAGUUGGAAACAUUCACAAAAUUUAAUGUUGACCCUUGCACAUCCAUGUCUAAAUCAUUUAUGUAUAUGUCAGGAAAAGCAAAGCAUUUUCAUUGAAUCGCUACAGUGUGGAAACAGGCUAUUUGGCCUAACAAGUUCACACUAAAACUCCGAAGAGCAUCCCACCCAGACUCAAACCCCUCCACUCUAUCUCUGUAACCCUGCAUUUCCCCUGGCUAAUUCACCUAACAUACAUGUUCCUGGACACUGUGAGCAAUUUAGCAUGGCCAAUCCACCUAAUCUGCACAUUGUUGGACUGUGGAGGAAAGAGGAGCACCCAGACGAAACCCUCGCAGAUACAGGGAGAACGUGCAAACUCCACACAGACAGUCGACCAAGGCUGAAAUCAAACUCGGGUCCCUGGUGCUGUGAGGCAGCAUUGCUGACCACUAACUUGUGUAGAACUAACUUCAGGGGUCUCCACUGAAAAUCUUACAGCCAAAAAAUUUGUUAGCCAUUCCUCUCUGUUUCCCAUCACUCAGCCAAUUUUGUAUCCAUGUUGCUCCUGUCCCUCUUAUUCCGUAAGGUUCACUUAAGUUUCUUGUGUGACACUGUUUUAAACAGCAUUUGGAAAUCCAUGUAGACUGCUGCAACAGUACCACCUUCAACAGUUCUGUUGAAUAUCUUGCCUCAGGGUUUCCAGUACUCGGCUCACAACAGGUCUUCCAGGUCCCUGAGGAUUUUAUCCCCCAGCAACGAAUACUGCAGUUGAACUGAGUUGGUUGUAACUCUGUUGUAUUGUUUAAUUACUGAAUUGAUUCAAAUUACUUCUAGGUAUUUUGGUAAAUGUGCUAAUGAGGAAAGCAAUGGGACUGUUCAAUACAUCCCUCCUCUAUGAUCCUGCACAAACUUUUAUUCAUUGUAUAACCUUUCAGUUCCAAAUAAGAUUGGCCAAGACCCUGGAGGACUCACUGCUAACCAUCUUAUCAGAUCACACAUUCCUUCUGCCAGAAACUGCAGCAUGGAAUUUAAAACAGGCUGAUGGAGUUUGAAGUAUGACCCAGUCCUUUAACAUAAUCACGGAUUCAUGAUUAAUUCUUCAAUUUAAUGAGCUGACACUGACAACUUAUUCAAUCAUAUAUUUCUGACUGGUGACAAAUUCACACAUUUGGUUAAAUGCCUUCCUGAGUUAAAUAUUAGUCUUAAAAUGACUCCCUUAUAAAAUGUAAGUAGUUUGAAAAGGGUGAAUUUCUACUUAAAUGAAUUACCCAGGUUCACUCACAGGUGUCUGUCUAAAGAUCUUCCCUUACCACCUCCUUCAAGGUUGCAAUGUCUUCAGUAGUGGUCAGACAGUCAAAUCAAGUUCUCUUUAAAAGUUCAUAGGCAAAGGCAGUAACAUUUCCAAGAGAGCUUCUGUAAAGACUUCACCUUUUUAUUUUGGAUUGUGGAACAAAAUGGGGAAAGAACUGCUUUAAGCAAAGGACUGUGGACGGAGUUGCUGCACUUCCUAAACACAUGUUACUGAAACUCAUUGUGAGUUGUGUUCACACUGUUAGUUUCUUUACACAGCGGGGGAAGAGAGUUAAGAGGCCAUGGCACUGGGUAUGUGUGCACAAUUGAGUUGACUUGAAGUCUGAAGGCAUCAGCAUGACCAAAAUUCUCUGAUACUCCUGAUUAGCUGAAUGCUGUGGUUCUGAACAACACAGAGAGAAGCCUCCAGAUUGCAGAAAUGAGUGUCAUCCUUGCUCGCGUGCUCUCUGCAGUGAAGUAACCAAAGUCUGGAAGACAGCAAGAGAUUAUCUCCCACCAGCUGCUGUGAACAGUUGCCUCUACUAAUAAGCAAAAGAUUUGACAAUUAGCGUGUUAACUACCCUGUGUCUUUUGUGAAGAGCUGAAUGUAUGUGUAAAUCAGGAGAUGGGAGAACAGAAGGUUUUGGAAAGCAGAAAGAACAAUGGUGGGGGGGCACAGGGGGGAGUUCAGAGUUUGAACUAUUAGAGUUGUGUGUUGGUAAUUCAUAUUUGUGUUUGCCAAUGGUUAGGAAUGAUCUAUUUGCAAUAAAGACCGGUUGUUAUGAAGUACAGAAACCUGGUCAGUGUUUUCAGUUAACCAGAGUCCAUUAGACAGAUAAAUUGGGGACUUUGAGUACUCUGAUUAAAUCUUUAUAUUCGGCAAUGCCCUUAGGGAGUAGUGGGGCUCAAGUAUCAGGGCACUUUCCCAAUUGGGUCAUGACAACCUGUCAACUUAUUAGUCUCAUCCCCACUUUUCUUUCAGUAGAAUGUACAUUAGCAAUAGACAAAUGCAUUCCAUUGAACUGGACCCAAGGUGUGUUAAUCCAAUUCUCAUUGAGUGCUUUCUUUAAAUCUAUCUCUUACCCUCAGUCACCUCCUCUCUCAAUAAAACU